UCCAGUAGGUGCAGUAAUGCACCUAUAAGCUGGUUUGCUCAACCUAACAAAAAACACCGAAGAAGAACAGUAAAAGAAAAAUGGCGAAUCUCGUGAAGGCGACAACAAAUCAGCAGUUUGAAGACUUCCUAACCAAAGCUGGAAAAUGCCUGACUGUGGUCCACUUCCAGGCGGAGUGGGCUCCUCAGUGCGUCCAGAUGAACGAGGUCAUGUCCGAGCUGGCCAAGCAGCACGCGAGCACCACGUUCAUCCAGCUGGAGGCGGAAGCGCUGCCGGAGGUCUCUGAGAAGUACGACAUCGCCUCUGUUCCCACUUUCCUCUUCUUCAAGGGAGGCGAGAAGGUGGACCGCAUGGACGGAGCCCAUGCACCUGAACUGACCAAGAAGGUGCAGCGUUUGGAGGUCACAGGUAGUCCAGGUGGAGCUGCAGAAAGCACCAAAACCUCCACCACAGACCUGAACCAGAAGCUGAAGAAGCUGAUCAACGCUGCUCCUUGCAUGCUCUUCAUGAAGGGCUCCUCUCAAGAGCCUCGCUGUGGCUUCAGCAAGCAGUUAGUGGCUCUGUUAAAGGAGCACAACAUCCAGUUCAGCAGCUUCGACAUCCUGUCCGAUGAAGAGGUCCGACAGGGCCUGAAGAUCUACUCCAACUGGCCCACAUACCCUCAGCUGUAUGCCAAUGGAGAGCUGGUGGGAGGAGUGGACAUAGUGAAGGAGCUGGCUGAGUCUGGAGAGCUGGAGAACACCUGCCCUAAGGCUGUGACCUUGGAGCAUCGUCUGAAGGUCAUCAUCCACCAGAGUCCGGUGAUGCUGUUCAUGAAGGGCGACAAGGAGACUGCGAGAUGUGGCUUCAGCAGGCAGACACUGGAGAUCUUGAAUGCAGCCGGGGUGGAUUAUGACACCUUUGAUAUCCUGCAGGAUGAAGAGGUGCGUCAGGGGCUCAAGACCUAUUCCAACUGGCCAACCUACCCACAGCUUUACGUGAAAGGAGACCUGAUCGGAGGGUUGGACAUACUCAAGGAGCUGAAGGAGAGUGGAGACCUGGUGUCAGUGCUGAAGGGGGAGUCGUCGUAAUGUAGAUUUUGCCAAUACCACCAGAGAGGAGCCAACAAGAAGCCACUGCACCAUGCCCAGAUCGGCCCUGUGUCACUGAUGUCACAUUAACCAGAGGGCCAGGAAAGAAUUUAUAAAGAGAAACAUUAGAUUGAAUGAUCAAAUUGUUUUACAUA